AUGGAUGAAACAGAAAAGGAUUUAUUCGAAUCGGUGGGUGAUUUACCGGAAUGGUUGUAUAUUGACUGGGUAUGUCAAAAUAGAUGUCCCCCGAGGCGUGUCAUCGAUGACUAUACUUUGCCUUCUGUGCAGUAUUCGUUGCCGUCCUUUGUGAAACUUUCUACUUUUAGCUUUAACAUGAAUAUGCUGUAUACAGAUCGCGGCAUUAAAACAGUAUUUCGGUGUCUUCGGUUUUUAUACCAACAGAUCGCUCAUGACUCCUCUGAGACAGCCAUCAUUGACUUGGAUCGUUCACUUAGUUAUUUAACCGCCUUUGCACAGAACAUGGAAUCGGAUGGUGAUAUGGAAACGCUGAAUAAAAUUGCACGAGAAUUCAAGUUUUUCCUUGUUCAAGCGGGCUCACUGAGUCAUUACAUUGCUAAUGAUGGUUUAUUUACUACACGAAACGUUGAAACGAAUUACAUUUUCCAUGCCCUGUUGAUUACCUGGAUGAAAGCCGUCCGUAUUUCAACUUUUUUCAAAAGGUUCAGUGGUUUCGAAAAACUUUAUCCGGUAGGUGAUGCAUUAUCAUCAGCAGAACAGCUAUCAAUGCUUGUUUCGUAUGGAUUACUGCUAAGUGCAUCACGUACGGAUCGACCAUGUAUAUGCCGAUGUGUUACUGCCGCUUGGCAUCAACUCUGUAUAUUAAAUAAAGAAAUGUUUUGGUCAAAUAUGGUCAAGCUGCUAAGCUUAUGCACCAGCGGUUUGCAUUAUUACCCACCUGAAAAUCUUUCAAGUGAAAUGUUCUUGGAUUUAUGUAACAUUGGCAAUUCAGUUUCGGCAAAAACGUUUCUGGAAAUAAUUUGCGAAUUUGGCUCUGGUUUUGAUGGUCCUUACAUCGUAUCAGGCAAAGCUUCAGGCAGUUAUAUAGAAUGUUUGCAACAAAUCGCUUCAAAACUGUCAGAAAAACAGUACGUUUUGAGGAAAUUGUUCUUUUUAUUCGAUAAGGAUCCUGGUGAUAGUCUUCUAGGAACAGAAUCUAUUUUGCAAUAUUUCUUCACAUACUUAUGUUCGAACGUUAUGGAACCUCUUGAUCAGGAGUUAGAAUUCUACCCAACCAAUGGGAAAGUCUGGAAGGACUUUCUAUUUUCUUGUUGUAAUGACAACACGGGAGAUAAAUACAACGAUUGGAUACUUUUUAUACGACUUAUGUCAAUGCUUAUCAAAAGAUCUGAGCCAGUUUGGCGAGCUAUGAAGCCACGAAUUUUUUCUAAAUUCCCGGCCAAACGAUUUCGUGAAAUGCCAAUUCACUCACUUAUUUGCGUAUUCAGCCUCUUUAUUUCAUGCUUGCACAAUAUAGAUAUGGAAGAGACGUCUAAUAAGGUGAUUUCAUUGGCAACGUCUGCUUUUGAUCCUUCUGAUAAAGAGCGUCACGAAGUCCUGAUUCGAGCAAUUCAGUGCACAAAGUAUAUUUUGGAUGAAAAUCGUUAUGAUUCUUCGCAAGCAAUCGCGACGUUAAUAGCAUUGAUGGGAAAGCUUGAUGAUAAAAAAGAUGUUUCAUUGUAUAUCGAAUGCUGCAUAUGUGUUGCUGAAAAAGUAUCCGAGAUUGGUUCUCUAGCUCGCUUUUUACCAUUCAUGAAUGAUAUGGAUUUGGAACAGCUCUUUGCGGUGGUUGUUCACUAUCGAACUGAAAACAGUAUUUUGUGGAAUGCAGCUAUCAAUCAUCUCAAAAGUCCCAAUUUCCCUAUAAUAAUAAAUUACAUUGUUAAACAGUUAGCGAUAAAAUUUGAACGAAGUCAAUUAGCUUUUCAAAACAUGCGUCAAGUUGUACAAAACUUGUUGACUGAAAAAAGUUACAAACUUGAAGUUUGCUUAUACUUCUUGCGAGAAUUUUUGAGGACAGCUAACAAUGCGAUUUAUCCGGUUGAACUCAUCGUUCCCAUAUGGUUGGUGGUUGCCUUCGAAAAACCAAAUACAGAUGAACUUAAUGACAUAUCUGAAAGUAUUUGCAAGAAUCUUCGAGUGUCAUUUCGGAAAAAUGGUUUGUAUUUUGAAGCUUUUUCUGUGGAUUCAUCCUCAACGAUUCACUCGAUACGUUGGUUAUUUGAGACUGUUUCAAAAAAUGCUAACAGUAAGAAAUGGAUUCACGAGAAUAUUAUGAGUUGGUCCGAACUGCUAGUAUCACCUCUACAUCGUAUUCUGAUGAACGCUGAAGAAACAACAGUGAUCCACUGCUGUCGUAUAAUGUCUUAUUUAUAUAUGCACGCUGCACAGCAAAUUUACAAGCCACCCUCAGAAUGUAAUUUUAAUCGGUCACCAUUUGUGCAGCUCUGCAAACUCAUACUGCAAAAUGUGCUUUUAAUGCGCGAAUUUCCCGCAAUGUUUGUUCGUGAAGUACUGCCUAACUAUAUGAUUGGCAUGUUAUCGUUACCGGUACAUUCUACACCGUAUCUUCUACGUGUUGUUUCGGAUGUACUCGAAAAACACUUGGAUGAUAAUUUCUUAAAAGAAAUAUUCAAAAGCAUGCUCAAGGAAAAACCUCAAUUAAUCACCGCAUUAUACGCCUCAUCGAAAGUGGGUACAAGGUUAUAUAAGGCGUUACCAGGCGUGUCGAUAAACACAUCAGUACGAAAGAACGAAGGAAAUUUGAGAUCCAAGAAGGCCAAUCUUCAUAAACAUUUUUCGUCAGUGUUACACAAAAGAACUAACUAUAAAAACUCGUAA